AUGGCGUGGUCAAAGUCAACACGGAUAUCAAUAAUGCUGGGCAUAGAUGUCGUUUUCUUCAUUGUCGAGUUGACUGUUGGUCUCUAUGUACAGUCACUGGCGUUGAUGGCAGAUGCUUUUCAUAUGUUGAAUGAUAUUAUUUCUCUGGCGGUAGGACUUUGGGCUGUCAAGGCUGCACAACAGUCAUCCACAGAUAAAUACUCUUUCGGGUUCUUGAGAGCAGAGAUCCUCGGAGCCGCCUUCAACGCCGUAUUCCUAAUCGCACUUUGCUUUUCUAUUAUUCUCGAAGCUAUCGAACGUCUCUUUGACCCACCAGUGGUCUCGAACCCGGUGCUCAUCCUUAUUGUUGGGUCUAUCGGUCUCGCCUCCAACCUAGUAGGAUUCUUGGUUCUUGGGGGUCAUGGACAUUCUCAUGGAGCCGAGGAACACGACCAUGGUGACGAAAUUAGCGCUGCGGAGGAAGGACAUAGUCAUGCGCAUGAGGGGCCACACCUACACGACCAUGCAGACCAGGAGGAAGAUGGCGUGGGCGAUAUAUUCCCAGAGGUGUUAAUAGCUAAGGCCAAACAUAUUCGGUUCAGGACCACUGAAGAGGAGCAAAAUAGCACGAAAGACAGUUGCUCUACAAACAAGUCGUUGAGCAAGACGAUAUCAUCGCCAAAAAAGCAUAGGAGAAGGACAAGCGGUUUUUUCAACAAUAUUGAUGAUCUCAGCAUCCAUCCCGCAAGCUUUCGACAAGAUAUCAUUGCUUCGACCAAACCGCGACAGGAUGGGACAGAUAGUGAGGGUGAUAAUGAGGAAGAAGCUAUUGUCGAUGAGGCGGCGCCAACUGAAGAUUCUCCACUACUUGCCAAGUCAAAUGGCAAAUCGAAUGGAGCCACCAAUAGCCAUGAUCACGAUCACGGCCUUAAGAAGCCAAGACACGACUCAUGGCAUGCUGGCCACAACCACAACAAGCCAAGGAAGCCAUCGAAGGGAGGUCACAGCCACAGCCAUGGUGAUAUGGGCAUGAACGCAAUGAUUCUUCACGUCAUUGGGGACGCUUUGGGAAAUGUAGGAGUUAUUGUCUCGGCGCUAAUCAUCUGGCUCACACCUUGGUCUGGACGCUUUUACGCCGAUCCCGUUGUCUCGCUCUUUAUCUCAGCAAUCAUCCUCAAAACAACAAUUCCCUUGACCUUCGCUACCGCCAAGAUCCUCCUUCAAGCAACACCCGAUCACCUCGACGUCAUCGACAUCAAACAAGACAUCCAGAACAUCCCCGGAGUCGUUAGUUGCCACCACGUCCAUAUCUGGCAACUGAGUGAAGUACAACUCGUCGCGUCCCUACACGUCCAAAUUGCCUUCCCCAUCAGCGAAGCCAGCGGUGGUAAAUAUAUGGAGAUCUCCAGGGCAGCCCGGAAAUGCCUCCACGCCUACGGCAUCCACAGCGCAACUAUCCAGCCAGAGUUCUGCCUCGACAGAGACCAUGACCAUAGUGAAGACGCAAUCAUAGGUCUCGACGGCAUCGUCGGCCAAGCGCGGUGUAGAAUGGACGACGAGGAGUGUUUACUAGAAUGUGUGGAUAAUUGUACAGGCAAGGGAUGUUGUGCUGCUCCAGCGACAGAGCCACAACACGACCAUUCUGAACAUGAUGGACAUUCUCAUUAA